AUGGCGGUCGCCAGUGCCGAGGGGCAGCCCGACUACACGACCUGGUCCAAUUCGAACUUGAUCAGUCGGAUCACAGAGCUUGAGCGACAGCUACAUUCACAAAAUACGCAGUAUACGAUUCCCCCGACACAAGAGUCGUCACGCGCGCCCGUCGCAGAAGGCAUCUACGAGCCUGCCAUUCCGGCUCCUCCAUCCUCCGCCCAACCGAACAAGAAGAGAGCCCAUUCCCCCGAUGACAUUGUCAACACACCUGCGCCACCAUCCCAGACAGUCAAAGAGUCUCGCGGGUUUGAUCCUUCCAAGUACAAUACCCGAUUUAUUGCGCUUAAAUUCGCAUACCUUGGACAGCAGUACAAUGGCCUCGAACACACGAAUGGGAACGUUACACCACUUCCUACGAUUGAAGAGAUCUUGUGGAAAGCCAUGCGACGAACACGUUUGAUCCUUCCCGAGACGAGCUCUUCCGACGAGCCGAAUGAUAUCCAGCCGCGGGAGCUACGCCCAUAUUGUAUUCAUUGGGAUGGGUGUGACUACUCGAAGGCGGGCAGGACUGAUCGCGGAGUCAGUGCGUUUGGACAAGUUAUUGGAGUGCGAGUCCGCAGUGCUAGACCCAAGCUCGCGCCCAAGACUACAGAGCAGGAGGCGGAGAAUAAUGGCAUGCAGGUGGAGCAGCCCACCGAUCAGGAUUGGGACGAUGUCGCCGAUGAACUUGAAUAUGUAUCGAUUUUGAACAGAGUUCUACCAGGUGAUAUCCGGGUUCUUGCUUGGUGUCCCAACCCUCCACCUGAAUUCGAUGCUCGCUUUUCCUGCCGCGAACGCAGAUACCGGUACUUCUUCACCCAGCCGGCUUUCUCUCCUACCCCGGGAGCAUUUGGGUUUGAAAAUCGGGCUCAAGAUGGCCAGGGACCCCGCGAGAAGCUACGCGAGGGUUGGUUAGAUAUCGAAGCUAUGCGCGAAGCAGCCAAGUCCUUCGAAGGUACCCACGAUUUCCGGAACUUCUGCAAGCUGGACACGAGCAAGCAAAUCAAAAAUUUUGAGCGAAUGAUUUUUCGCUCUGACAUUGAGCGUGUCGACCCCAAGACCAAUCCUUUGGGAUAUGUGACCCGCCCUGGAUUUCAAGCGCAAGAGGACUCUCCACAGGAUGUAGACAUGGUUUCUUCAGACCUGUCUGCGGAGGCGCCUCCCCAUGUGUAUUCAUUUACCCUGUACGGCUCUGCCUUCCUCUGGCACCAAGUUCGGCAUAUGGUCGCAAUAUUGUUCCUGGUCGGACAGGGACUUGAAGCCCCAUCAAUCGUCGCAGACUUGUUGGACGUGGAAAAGACCCCACGGAAACCUUCAUAUGAGAUGGCAUCUGACGCCCCGCUGGUACUGUGGGACUGCAUAUUCCCCGACGAAAGUUCCGGCAGCCGAGAUGACGCCCUGAACUGGCUGUACGCUGGUGACCCACGACAUAACAAGAACCGCAGCCCCAAGAGCGAUAGCAAGUUCGGCAUGAAGGGAGUAGUCGAUGGACUAUGGGCCGUUUGGAGACAACGCAAGAUGGAUGAAAUUUUGGCUGGUGCCCUGCUGGAUUUGACUGUUGGUCAAGGUGGCCAGAGUCUGAUAGAGCACAUUGAUAUCAAGCAUGGAACCGGUAAGAAGCAAAACCGAGGCGCCAAGAUCUGGCAGGGGUCUGAUGACACUCGCACGGGUGGUAAAUAUGUUCCUGUCAUGAAGAAAACCAGGAACGAGCCUGUGGAGGUUCAGAAUGCCAAGUGGUUGGCAUCAAAGGAGCGCAAAAUGGCGGCCAAGGAAGCGGCGGAACAGAGCGCGUCCCUGUAA